GAUCUGUGCUAUAUUAGACAGAAGAAUGUUCCAGAUGGUUCAGUUUUUAGUUCCUUCAGGGCCCAAGAGACCCGGUAACACCAGCGUUUCCCCACCGACCGGACAGAACCGGACUCAACCCGCUCACAAUGAGUUUCUACAGCAUGUGCGGACAGUCACCGGCCUCAGACAGCAGGACAUGUUCUAUAACCUGCGUGUGCCGAACGAGUCCCAGACGGGCCGAGACGAGAUCAGCCUGGUGCUGCUCACAGGUCACGGGGUGGUGUGUAUCGACCUGAAGACAUGGAGCGGCUCGGUUUCGGCCCGGAGCGAGACUCGGGUCCGGUCGCAGCAGCAGAACCUCAGCAGCGUCUCCGCCGAGCAGCUUCCCGACGCGCUUCAGGCCAUCACGGUGAAAGCCGGACUCCUCUGCAGUCACAUGGUGCGCUGCGGGCAGAAGGUGCGGCCGGCUCUCUUCAUCCCCAGGGUGCUCCUGCUGUCGGCGGACUGCGAGGUCCGGCACGAGCUGCUGGUGUCCGGCGUCGAGGUCCAGGCGUUCCUGCACUCGCUCCGGGCCGGAUACGUGUCCUGGCUGUCCGACGCCUUCACCCCGGCCUGGAUCUCAGGUCACCUGUCGUAUGGGCAGAUGCGUGCGCUGCGUGAGCACCUCGAGCUCAUGGGAACCUGGGAUCUGCUCCUGCUCUGCGACGGUCAGGAACUCAGUGGAGAUUUCCAGAGCUGUCGACAUCUGGCGCUCAACCGACACGACACCGACCAGCUGGAGUUCAGCCGCGCCGGGAGUCUGAUCACCGACACACUGUGGAGUCUGCUGGGACACACGCCUCAGGUCACCGUCUCCAUGUACCGGCGAGGAGCGCAGGGCUGGCUGGGGAAACCGCUCAUCGCCACGGCAACAAUCCCGUCCAGCACACGCGUGAUCUUCCGCAUCCGAGGAGAAACUGCAGACGCCAAGAUCCCGGCCGGCAGCGUCCGCUCCCUCACACUGAGCAUCUGAAGGAACACUCUUCUGCCCAUCGUCU